AUGCAGAUGCAAAGGAUUGCUAUGCUGAACAUCACCCCUUCAGCAGAGUAUUCUGUCAGCGCCUGCCUGCCUGCUCGUUUGCACUGCAACAGAGAUGAAAGUCAAUUAACCAAAACUCUGCUUUUUUUCUCAUUAGAUCCUUCAGAUGAUGAAGCUACUGAGAAAGCAAAUGAUAGCAGGACAAGAACACAAGAAGAUUCAAAUUCCAAGCCUGCUGUGACAAAGAAAAGGAAGAAGCCUACAGAGUGUUUUCUAAGUCAGCCUGAAGAAAAACAAGAGAGCACUGUAAAGGCAAAGAAGAGAAAGAAGAAGAAAAUUUCUGAUAUUCUGGAAAAAUCCACUCCAAAACCCGGUGUCCCUGCAGAUCUACAAAACCUGCUUAGCCAAUAUUUUAGUGAAAACCGCUCAGUGAUUGAAAAAGAGGAAUUAAAGCUGUCAGAUUCCUGUUUUUUGCCAGCCAAUGAUCUCACCCACAGUUUUUCUUCAUACCUGAAGGAAAUCUGCCCUAAGUGGGCAAAACUCCGUAAAAACCACAAGGAGAAGAAGUCAGUGGUCAUGCUGGUUAUCUGCAGUUCUGCCCUUCGUUCCUUGGAACUCAUCAAAUCAAUGACAGCAUUUAAAGGAGACUGCAGAGUUCUCAAGUUGUUUGCAAAGCACAUAAAGAUAAAAGAACAGAUGAACAUGUUGGAGAAAGGCGUGUUCCACGUCGGGGUCGGAACUCCUGGGAGAGUGAAAGCACUAGUGGAGCAAGAUGGCUUGUGUUUGAACUCCACAAAAUACAUGAUUCUGGAUUGGAACUGGAGAGAUCAGAAACUAAGGAGAAUGAUGGAUAUCCCUGAGAUAAAGAAAGAAACAAUUGACCUACUGGAGAUGAGCAUUAUAAAGCUGUGCAGAGAGGGGUCUGUGAAGCUGGGACUCUUUUAAUGGUUUUACCAAGAAGGGAAUCGUUUGCAGCUGCACUUCAAUGUUAUCGUGUGUGCAUUUGACAAAUGAUAAACAAGUGAUGGAACCCAGAAUUUUGACUUUUCAGAAGUCUAUUAAUACAGAAAGGAUGCACAUUGCAACUUUUUUUCCUGAGUUUCCUUUUAAUAGUAAACAAGAAGUUUUCUUUGUAGUUUCAGUGUGGUUUUUAUUGCAGGAACCAUGUGAUACUGAAAUUAGACUUACGUUGCAUUCGCCUGCUAGAUUUACUACCAUAUAUUACUUGGGUGUGAAAGUCUUUGUACAAAUCAAUUUUCUGUUAUCCCCCUCUUGCUGUCCCAAAGAAGGCAUUUACUUCUGUCAUGAGAGUGGUAAUCUAGUUCUUGCCCUGGAGGGUUUUUGAGAAAGUAGUAUAAAUUUCAGUAAUUUAUCAGAAAUGUGUUUUUCACCCAUCUGUUCUAGAGCUGACCAGAUGUGCUUUUUUGCUAUUACAUGAUACACUGUCUGUAUAUUAUAACAAGACUUUAUUUUGGUUAAACUGUUAAAGUAUACAAAAAGUAUUCUUCUGUGUAGCCAUUGAAAUUAAAAGAUGAG